AUUCUCUGUUACAUUAGCUUUUAAUUACUUAAAUAUUCAGGAUUUUAAAGAAUCUGUAGGUUAAUUUUAAUAAAUUGGCUAAUUUAUCGCAUUUCAACGUCAACAACAAUUUUACUAUUUUGGCUACUUUAAAUAUUUUUUUAUUCCACAAAUUAAUACAUUUCAGUCAAAAAUUAAAUAAUGAAGACUAGAAUAUGACGAUAGAUUAUUCUAAGUGGGAUAAAUUGGAGGUUUCAGACGAUGGCGAGGAAUCUAAGAUCAAUGUUACCAAGUUAAAUAAAAACCAGCAAGUAGUUAUACAGAAAGAGGGUUACUCCAUUGUAAACAAGGCUAAUAAUUCAAAUUCUAAUCAAUUAUCCUCAAAAACUAACUCAAUCGUCAAUGCUUGUAAGAUAGAUUUAAAUAAAGAAUGGUAUAAAAGGGUUUUGUACGGUAUAGUGACAGUAAAUUCUCACAUAUUUACUCAAGAUAGAUAUGAAGUAAAUUUCCUUCUCCUAAUUAACUUUAACUAUUACAAACUUCAAGUAAAACUCGAUGAUUGCUCAAUAAAAGUAUACAAUAACAGCUCAAACAAUUAUAAUAGCUUGGGGAAUAAUGUGGACAAGUCAGCUGAGUUAAUACUAUCUAAGGAAUUUUAUAGUAAGAUUAGAGAGGAUGAGAAUUACUGGAACUGGGAGAUUGUGACCCUGGAUGUUGACUGGGAAGCCUUGAAAUCAUUUUCAAACUCCGUUAAUAAGGAAAAGAAUUCUCAGUGUCCUUUAUAUUUCACUAGGGUUGAAACUUGUAAAUUCAUUAAAGUUAAUGUACACAAACAUGUUGACAUUCAGGAUUGCUUCAUAUGGUGGCCAAAACUAUUCAAGGAUGAUUUGGAAGAGAUAAGAGUUGUGGACAAUUCAGAAUUUAGUAAAGUUUGGGAUCAAGCGCAUGAAGAGUUUAAAAGGAAAAUAUCCAAAUUCGACAAAAUUCCUAUUUAACCCAUUUUAUUAACUUGGAAAACAUCCAAUUUCAAUAAAUUUACAUAAAUUUUAAAAAUAAAUAACCGCAUAGCAAAUAAUAUUUUAAUAAAUUA